CAAAGACCUUUUAUGUUGUGGAGUCAAUAAAUUUUAAUCAGACUGCAAGCUUAGAAUUUCCAGUGAUGUUAGAUUAUUUUGGUGAUAUCCAUAAAACUUGUGAUCAUUGUUAUUUGUUUUUCAAUUUCUCCUUGUCUGUUGGAAAGACCAGUGCGUAGAGCCAGGAGUAAAUUCUCUGUAAUCUAUAUGAAAGCAAGCUAAGCAGUCAAGCAAACAGGAGACUCGCCAUGGAAUUGAGUUUUCCAAUUUGUGCAUCUUAGUUAGGAUUUUCAAGGGCAAUCUCAACUUGAACAGAGUUGGCCAUGGAUAAGAGGGGGCAGAAAAAAACCUUCGUCAAAUCAUGCAGCCUAACUUUGAUUCUUCCUCUUCUAAUUUUCCAUUUAUCUGGACAGCCAAGAAGAAAAGUCUGCAAUAAAAAGAGAAAAAGAAAAGAAAAGUCUGCAAUGAAUAAUUUAAAGCCCCCCUUAGCCGAACACAAGUCACAGUUCAGUUAUCAAUAUGGUAGGUGUGAAGCUCUUCGGAUUGAGUCCAAGCCCAUUCAGCCAGCGGGUUAUCUGGGCACUAAAAACUAAAGUCGCCGUCAAUUUUGUUUUGAUCACUAAACCGAUGAUGAGUUUCUUCACGUAUGUUGGAGAGCAACAGGAAAAGGCAAUAAACGACAACCUCCAGACCUUGAGAAUCAUAGAAGAGCAUGGACUAGGAGAGCAAAAAUUUCUUAGUGGAGACAGAAUUGGACUUGUAGAUAUUGCCUUGGGAUGGAUCAUUCAUACAUUAGCAGCGAUGGAGGAGAUUGUUGGCGUCAAGUUUGUUCAAGCUGAUACAUUUCCUCUCUUGCAUGCGUGGAUGAAGAAUUUUAGGGAAAUUCCUGUAAUUAAAGACAAUCUCCCGAGUCAUGAUCAAAUCUUGGACUACUUCAAAGGAAGGAGAGAGAUGUUCGUCAAAUCACCUCAUGCUUGCCACCAUCACCAUUAGAUAAGACAGCUGCCAGCAAGUUGUUUACUCAGACAAUCACUUUCAAAAUCUUUGAUAUAUUGUAAUAAAGGCCAUAUUUGUUUCUUAAAA